CGCCCCCUGCGCGCCCCGUUCCUGGCGCCGGCCGCGCUCCCCUCCCCCUCGCCCGGAUCCCCCUCCAGGCUCCGGGCUCCGGGCCGCGCGUCCUGCCCCCGGCGCGCUGGGGGUCCCCGCGGAAGGGCCCGCCCGGCCGAGCCCCGACGAUGGAGGAGCCGCCGCGCCCCCGCCCGCACACCGUCACCACCACCGCCAGCUCCUUCGCCGAGAACUUCUCCACCAGCAGCAGCUCCUUCGCCUACGACCGGGAGUUCCUGCGCACGGCGCCAGGGCUACUCAUCGUGGCGGAGAUCAUCCUGGGACUGCUGGUAUGGACACUCAUCGCCGGGACGGAGUACUUCCGGGUCCCCGCCUUCGGCUGGGUCAUGUUUGUCGCCGUGUUUUACUGGGUCCUCACCGUCUUCUUCCUCAUCCUCUACAUAACGAUGACCUACACCAGGAUCCCCCAGGUGCCCUGGACAACCGUGGGCCUGUGCUUUAACGGCAGCGCCUUCGUCCUGUACCUCUCGGCCGCGAUCGUGGAUGCCUCGUCCGUCGCCCCCGAGAGGGACGGCCACAACUUCAACAGCUGGGCGGCCUCCUCGUUCUUCGCCUUCCUAGUCACCAUCUGCUACGCUGGGAACACGUAUUUCAGUUUCAUAGCGUGGAGAUCCAGGACCGUCCAGUGAUGAGCCAUUUUGAGAAUUAUGAGGGCGGGGUGCAGAGGGAGGAAGCCUCUCUCUGUAAAAACAGCUGUAGGUAUACUGUACAUUUCCAGAGAAUUGUAUUUAACUAAUGUUUUUAUAUACUUAGUUAAAUUUUGCUCACUGUGGUUUGUUACCAUGAAACGGGGCUCUUAUUUGCAAAGAGCUCUAUAGAGUGUAAUGACCUCUUCAAGAUCUUGUCAGGUGUCUUCCUAGACUGUUAUUAUUAUUAUUAUUAUUAUUAUUAUUAUUUUCUUAGAUGAUGUGUACAUGGAUAACAUGCUAACAUGAAGAAUGUGUCAAGUUUGUAAAAUUUUAACUUUUAAAAUGCCACAUUUUUUUUUUUUCGAUUAAAUGUUUCAAAAUCUUG